AUGGUCAUGGCCGCGUCAAACGACCCAAAUGACCACGUGGCAUUCAGUGGCCCUUAUUUGAAGCAGGUGCUCCCACCGCGGACAUCGACGGAUAUCAACUGCAGUGCCACCACACAAGGCAGUGCGAUAACGGCUGGACGAAUUCGUCGCUACACACACAACCCAUAUGCGUCGCAGUCAGCGACUACAUCGUGCAGCUCCACUAACACCUCACGGCAGCUGAACUCCUCUAAUAACACUAGCUGCGAUAGCUCCAUACAGGUUUACAACAAUUGCUUUGCGCGAGAGGCUAGUGGGGCGGAAUUGGCUCUUUUGAGCAGCAACUUACUGGAGCAAUUUUUUGCUGUUGUGGGGAACAUUCCGCGGACGGCAUGCACAGUGACUGGCCGCCACCUUCUUGUCUCGGUCCUCCGCCUGCAGCAUACGGACAAGGUGCAGAUCAUUAUUGACGAGCUUCUUCCGCAGCUUAACAUUGUCGCGCUUGAUCAGCAGGGAUGUCACGUUGUGCGUGCUCUCAUUGAACUUAUCUCAACCGAGCUGUUGGAAACGAUUCUGCCGCACUUUGCACCGAAGACAAUAAUUGAAUUGGCUGUCAGCUCGCAGCACACCCGCCGCGUUGUGCAAAGCAUAUUUGAGCGCCAUAAGAGCGAGGCCCUUACACCAAUUGUGACGACGAUUGCACAAAGCGGUCAACAACUGGCAGUCUCACAACAGGGAUGCAUCGCCGUCAUUCGCACCAUUGAAAAUUCUCUACCACACCAGCGGCGGUCCGUUAUCUCGAUGCUACUUCCAGUUUUGCCAAGCCUCACGAUGAACUGCUACGGCAACUACGUGGUGCAGUGUCUGCUUCAACACAUGGACCAUGCCUCUCUUGUGUCGGUUGUCUGCCACAACUUUGCGGGACACUGGUUAACACUUUCAUGCAACAAGUUUGCCUCCAAUGUCAUUGAAAAAGUUGUAUGGCAACUCGACGGGGUGGCGCGCAAGGAAGUGGUGGAUGAACUUGUCAUGGACGCAAGUAAUCUCAGAUGUCUUAUGCAGGACGGGUUUGGUAACUUUGUUCUGCAGGCGAUCAUCGACUCGUCCAAUGACUUGGAGGAGUUCAGUGAGGUCUCAAGCCGUGUGAGGCCGCUACUACACACCAGCCCGUACGGUCACAAGAUUGGCAACAGGCUGCAUGGCGGGUUGGUGCGCUCGCUACAAGUUACACCCGCCCCACAAGUCGGUGGUAGUGCAGCUCCGCUCAUGGAUGAGUGA